AUGCCUUCCGGCCGCAGAUCUGGCCGCUUGAAAGGUCCAAGGGCAGUCUACGUUGAUGAUCCAUUUAAGGCAGCUGGGAUCAGUGAUGAUGAGGACUCCAUCAAAAUGGAAAGCUCCGGCAAGGGGAAGAAGAAGCGCACCCCGACAGAAGAUUCAGCCUCAGAUAAUGAAUUUGUUGCUGGCUCAGGCGAAGAACCCGAUGAGGGAAUCGAGGAAGAGGAGCCAGAAGAUGAACUAGAAGAGGAUGUAGGAUCAGAAGCCAAUGUCUCCGACUUUGACGAAAUGGAGAUCGACGACAUCGAGAAUACUCCAAGACAAGGGCGCUCUACGUCGUACCAACACGACGCAAGCUCCAGGAAGCGAAGAGCUGAUGGUACAGUUGUACCAUCCGCUGAAGAGACGCACAUCCGUGGUAUUAUUGAACCCAGAGAUCAUUUGUCUAAAAUCACCUAUUACACUCUCACUUUCGGUUCCGACAAUCGAGAUCUGAUGCCAGCCGUCCACUUCCGAAUGCGAUGGAACAAGGGCAUAGAUGCUGUUUUCCCCUCUCGCUUCACCUUGGAGGAGAGGGAUAAGAAGCCUGAAUAUCUAUAUGGGCCCACAUUUGGUGUUCACCCAGAUGAUGUUAUGAAAGAAAGCACCCGUGGGUGGGACUGGUACUAUGACCGGGACAUUGGCGAAAGAUUCCGGAAAAGGCAGCGCAUUGAGACGAUUGAGGAGUCAAUGGCUUUCCAAAAUUACCUGCCUCAGCCCAAUACGCGAAAGCACGGGGUUUUAUUGGGACCGCAUGAUAAUCAACAACUCUUCGAACUGGGCUAUCAUGAGACUUUCGACUUUGGAAAAGCCUGGGAAGAACCAGCUUCCAAAACAGACGGAUCAGGAACUGGGACCAAAAGGAUUCGAGAAGGUUGGAUGUUAAACAUCGGUCACAAGGCACAUUGCAUGGCUUGGGCUCCAAACCAGAAUGGUCUGACACAGUAUCUUGCUAUCGCGGCGCCGAUCACAGAAGACCAGAAAAACCAGUACAAAUCCGAAGAUAGUGAGCCUAUCUCAUCAUUUCAACCCUCAGAGCCUUUCCCUAGCGCUCUGCAGAUUUGGGAGUUCAAAGGCAAACCGAGCGAGACACCUACAAUGACCCUCGAUAUGGAUUCCAAACCCCGGCUUCGACAAGUGUUGUGUGCAGACUGGGGAGACCUGAGACGCAUGGUAUGGUGUACUUUGCCCCGGACCGAACGAGCGGAGGACAAAGAAGAAGAAAAAAAGAAUCUAUCGGUUUACUCGCGACAGUUUGGGGAGAUGGAUGUAGGGUCACAGGAAACAGAAUUUCGUGAGUCUCCCUUUGGAGUGAUUUUCACGAGUCCCGCUAAUGUGCAAGAUAUAGUGAAAAUCGAAUCGCCUGCAUUUGAGGCAAGACCGCCAUCAACGGUUUGCACAUGUGUCACUUGGCUAUCCCCUAGUGACCUUGCAGUGGGAUGUGGUAACGGCUUUGUGGCUAUCUGGAACAUCGAACCUUCCUCUGCGUCUGAAACUCUACCUUAUUUCUAUCGGCCACUCCACGCGACCUACGUACUCGAUAUCACAUCGGCAUACCCAGCCCAUCCCCAACUGGUCAUCACUAUUUCUAUGGACGGUGAAACGCGGAUGUGGUCGGUUCUCGAUCCCACCAGUGAAAUGGCCUCGACGGGCCGCAUGCGAGGGGCCUCCCCCUUCAUCAGCUAUUCUCCCAUCUGCCAGUCCGUUGUUGCCGGCGAUGAAAACGAAUUCGCUCGCGUAAUUCCAAUCCGACGAUUUUUUACCACCACCACCAUUGCGCGGCUCAGCAGCACCAUCUCAGCCAUGGCGCAAUGUAGCAAUCAUCACCCCUGUGCGCUGUUUGGCAGUGCCGCUGGUGAGGUCGUAGGAACAAAUCCCUUCCGACGAGUGGUUUACAACAAGGAGCAAAUCUGGCAGCAGAUAUGGUUCACACAUGAAUGGAUUCCCACUUCCAAGACGGACACUAUGGGAACCAGUCGGUUUCAUGACGGAUACAGGGCAGAGAACCAGAAGCUGGCAAAGAACAAGCUGUUCGAGACCAACCCCGUCAAUGGUAUGGGGACCUCGACGAUCUUCGAAGAAAACACCCAUGUCACAGCCCUCGGGUGGAACCCCAACCGCCCGUGUGCAGCGUGGGCCAGCGCUGCGCUGGGAUGUGGGCUGGUGAGAGUCGAAGAUCUUGCCAUCUAG